AUGCCAAAUAAAGGAAAUAAAAUAGAAGCAACUCAACCUUCUAAAGACAACUUAAGAUGGUCUGAUGAGAUGGAUGAAGCUCUGUUAAAUGCGUUAACAGAAGAAGCAUUGAAAGGUAAUAGACACGAUGGCUCGUGGACAACUGAAGCAUAUGCCAAUGUUGUGAAGACUUUGAGUAUAACUAUAGGUCCACACAUAACGAAGAACCACAUCAAGAAUAGAAUGAAGACACUGAAAGAUCAUUUUGCUGAAGCGUAUGACUUAUUUCAUCACUUAAGUGGAUUUGCAUGGAAUCCUGUAACUAGAAAGUUUGAAGCUGAAGAAAAAGUGUGGCAAGACUUUAUUAAGGAGUUGUUCGGAGCUGAUAGAGCUACUGGUAAAGGGGCUGCUACUUCACGAGAAAGGAUUCAGCAACUUGAUAGAGAUCCCAUUGACUUGAAUGACUCUUUUGAAAAUGUUGGAUUUUCUGACAUAGAUGUGAAUACGGGACAUGAUAUCCCAACAUUUUCUGUUACUUUAGAUUCACCAGGUGCUCCUCAUGGUCAGCCAAAUCAAGUAGGAGGGAAUUCAACUUCGAGAGGUACAAAGCGUAAGUCUCCUAUGAAUGAUUUUUUGGAGGCACAGUAUGAGAAAGUUGCUUUGGGAAUUACUACCAUGACCGAUGCUGUAAAAGAGGGUAGUUAUCUGUCUAGCAAGCUACAUGACGUGGCUCAGAGGCAGGUUGAAUUAGCUAAGAGACAAGCUUCUGUAGCUGAGAGGCAAGUUUCAAUCGCCGAAAAAUAA